AUGAAUUUAGGUGAACCAUUAACUCGAUUCACUGCUCCAGAAUUUCGAUGUUCAUCAUUUUAUGUUAAGAUGGCAAUCUCACCCAAUGAUCAAUAUCUUGCUUGUGGAUCAACUGAUAAGAAUAUAUAUAUUUGGGAAGUAGAUUAUCCUGAUGUGAGUCCAAUUGUAUUGAAAGGUCAUGAUAAUGAAGUCACAAGUUUAAGUUGGUCAAAAGACUUUGAUAUAAUUGCUUCUUGUUCAGAUGAUGCAUCUUUAAGGAUUUGGAGAAUUGAUUACUCCUCAGAUGAAAAUAUUUAA